AUGCAGAGCACAAGAUCAAUCGCUCUGGCGAGGACCCUCCGGGGUGCCUGCCGGGCCCCAUCGCAGACCGCCAGGCGAUACACCACCACCCGCACUCUCACAUCAUCAACCUCUCUCACGCAACAACAAGGCCAACCUCAAACCCAGCAACAGAAACACCAAACCACACUCACCCGCCUCCCCCAAACCCACACCCAAACCCGCCACUACGCCUCCACCCCCUCCACCACCACCACCACCACCCCCCUCCAAAAAACCCCCCUCCACGCCCUGCACCUCCGCCACGGCGCCAAGCUCGUCCCCUUCGGCGGCUUCGAGAUGCCCGUGCAAUACGCCAACCUCAGCGUGAGCGAGUCGCACCUGUUCACGCGGGCGCACGCAUCGCUCUUCGACGUGUCGCACAUGGUGCAGCGGGUCUUUUCCGGCCCCGGCGCCGCCGCCUUCCUGCAGCGCGUCACGCCUGCGGGUAUUGCCGCGCUGCCGCCGGGGAGGAGUACCCUCGCGGUGCUGAUGAAGGAGGAUGGGUCGGGCGGGAUUGUGGAUGAUUUGAUGGUGACGAGGUUGGAGGGGGAGGGGAGGUUCUAUGUGGUGACGAAUGCGGCGUGUCGGGAGAAGGAUGAUGGGUAUUUUGGGAGGGAGGUGGAGAAGUGGAAUCGGGAGGUGGUGGGGGAGGGGUUGGGGGUGGUGGAGGAACGGUGGAGUCGGGAGGGACUGGUUGCGCUGCAGGGGCCGGAGGCGGAGGGGAUUUUGAAGAUGGUGUUGGCGGAGGGGGAGGAGUUGAAUUUGCGGAGGCUGGGGUUUGGGCAGUCGGCGUGGGCGAAGCUCAAGAUGAGCGGCGGCGGGACCAGCAGCUCCGUGCUGAUCAGCCGGGGCGGGUAUACCGGGGAGGACGGCUUCGAGAUCUCGAUCCUUGCCGACGAGACGGUUGGCGUGACGGAGGCGUUGCUGGAGGCCGGCGGGCCGGAGAAGGUGCAGCUCGCGGGCCUGGGCGCGCGCGACAGUCUGCGGCUGGAGGCCGGUCUGUGCCUGUAUGGCCACGACCUGAGCGAGACCACCACUCCCGUCGACGCCUCGCUCCGAUGGGUCGUCUCCAAGCAGCGGCGUGGGCCUGACGCCGGCUACUACGGCGCCGAGGUAAUUUCGGAGCAGUUUGAGGCCAAGGGCAAGGGCCAACCAGGAGUGGAUCGUCGCCGGGUUGGGCUGAUCGUCGAGGGCGCGCCGGCGAGAGAGGGCGCCAAGAUCGUCACCCGCGUCGAAGAGGGUCUCCAGCCGGUCGAGGUCGGUGUCGUCACCAGUGGGUGCCCCAGCCCUACCCUGGGCAAGAACAUCGCCAUGGCCUAUGUCGACACCGGCUUUCACAAGGUCGGGAGAGAGGUCGACGUGCUGGUCCGUGGCCGGCCAAGGAAGGCCGUGGUAGCCAAGAUGCCGUUCGUCGCGACCAAAUACUUCAAGGGGGAAAAGGAAAAGGAGGAGCCUGAUGUCUGA